AUGGCUUCACGAGAAAUUGGGCAAGACCACAUCGUGGAGGGGGCUGGCACGGUAGAAGUCAGCUCCGAGACCUUUGAGGUUAUAACCUCUCCCUCGGAAAAGGUCAAGGAGGCGAGGGUGGGCGAGGGUGAAGUGAUCUUCGAUUCUUCAGAAGAUGACUACCCAGCACCUACGGAGGAAGAGAGCACAACGCUCCGGAAAGUGGCAGGAUCCAUGCCACUUGUUUCCUUUUCGCUCUGCUUGGUAGAACUUGCUGAGCGUGCAUCAUACUAUGGGGCCUAUACGGUAUACUCUAACUUUGUUGAGUUCCCUCUACCUGAGGGUGGUAAUGGUGCCGGUGCACCUCCAAGGGGAACGGAGGAAACAGCUGGCGCUCUGGGCAUGGGUCUUCAAGCAAGUGAUGCGCUAGUCCUGUUGUUUGUUUUCCUGGCAUACGUCGUUCCGAUCUUUGGAGGUUGGUGGGCCGAUGUUUACGUUGGCCGUUACAAGGCCAUCAUCGUCGGCGUCUUGAUUUGCGGUGUUGCCCACAUUAUUCAGAUCGUUGGCGCCAUUCCAUCAGUCCUCGAAGCGGGUACAAGCCACUCUGCUCCGCCAUUUAUUAUCGGACUCUUGAUAUUGGCAGUGGGUGCUGGAAUCUUCAAGCCUAACAUUGCGCCAACUAUCCUUGACCAAAACAGACACAAGACAGCUUAUGUGAAGACUUUGAAAUCCGGGGAGAGAGUCAUUGUCGAUCCGGAAGCAACUGCUACGCGAACAAUGCUUCUGUUUUAUGGAUUCAUCAACGUUGGUGCCUUCUACAUGCUUGCGACCACAUAUGCUGAAAAGUAUGUUGGCUACUGGCUCGCAUACUUAUUGUCGGGGAUCAUUUACUUCUUGCUCCCCAUCCUUCUGUUUGCUGUCUACAAGAAGACCUACAAAGAGCCUCCUAAUGGAGGAAAGGAAAUCACGCAAGCCUUCAAAAUCAUGAUGUCCGCCCUAAAACACAACAAAUUCCAAGUGUGGCGCAAGAACUUCUGGAAUGAAGUCAAGCCGACAGCCUUGCAGGCUAAGGGUCUCACAGUUGAAUGGACCGACAGUGCUGUAGAUAAGGUUGCUAAGACAAUGGCUGCGUGUGAUAUCUUCUGCUUUAUGCCGAUCUGGAUUUUGAACGACGGAGGCAUCGGCUCCGUUUCCACAAACCAAGGUGCAUCAAUGGUGACAAAUGGUGCACCCAACGAUCUCCUCAGCAACUUUAACGCUAUCACCAUCAUUGUCUUUAUCCCUAUCCUGACCUACGUGAUCUACCCAGCUCUGGACCGCCGUAACAUUCGAAUUGGCCCAAUCACCCGUAUCACAUUUGGCUUCUUCCUCGCAAUGGUCUCAGGCCUUGCUGGCACGCUGGUGCAAUGGAAGGUGUAUAGCCUGUCGCCAUGUGGAUCCUACGCGUCUACCUGCUCGGAGGUUGCAAACAUUAGCAUCUGGUGGCAGAUCCCCAACCUGUCUCUCGGCGCAUUGAGUGAGUGCUUCUGUAAUGUUACCGCUUACGAGCUCGCCUAUGCCCGAUCUCCCAAGAGUAUGAAGGGCCUGGUGAUGGCGAUCUUCCUCUUCACGAAUGCUUUGUCGAGUGCCAUCGGCGAGAUCUUGGUUCCAGUCACUAUGGACCCAUAUCUGAUCUGGAUCUGGGGAGCUCCCACUGUGGCUUUGGGAUUGCAGACUAUAAUCUUCUGGUGGAGAUUCAAGCAUCUUGAUAACGAGCAGUAUGUCGCGGAUGUUGUUGACGAAUCCUGGAUUCCGGAGGAACAGAAUGAGAAGGGCCUUGUCGCUCGAGCGACAGAAGCCUAA